ACCACAUGGACUUUAGCGGGCGCAGCCUUCUAACCACACCGAUAGUCUGGAUUCAAGUAGCGUGCGUACGCGUAGAGAGGCACUUCAGAUACGACAGUGUAACCAAGUGCGAAACCCUCAGAGUGUUUUCAAGUCUGCCACUCCAGCCUGCAGCACAGGAGCGGGUAGGAACUGCUCACAGUGAACUAGGAGGCUGCUGUGCAUUGUUUGAGGCACAGAGAGAGCUCGGCGGGAAUGGCUUCAUCUCCGUGCGGCAACACAAACUUUGAUUCCGGACUGGAAAUCAAAACUCGCUCGGUAGAACAGACGCUUAUCCCUCUUGUAUCUCAGAUAACCACUUUAAUCAACCACAAAGACAAGCCAAAGAAGUCGGAGCGGACCCUAGCUGCCAUACACCGGGUGGGCCAGGCGGUGAGCGUGGCAGUGGGGCGGUUUGUAGCGGUCGGGGAAGCUAUCGCUGCAGAGAACCAGGAACUAAAAGAUGAGAUGAGCCAAGCUUGCUUUGAGGCACGUCGGGCAGGUGAUGCUAUAGCCCAACUGACAGAUGUGGGGUCGGCCUCACCUUCAUCCCAAAUUGACACACGGGUGACUGUGUUCAGUGAUAGGACAGCCAUGGUCAAAGCUGCUCGCCUGCUGCUUUCCUCUGUCACUAAAGUGCUGGUCUUGGCUGAUCGCAUAGUCAUCAAACAAAUCAUUACAUCACGCAAUAAGGUUUUAGUAACUCUGGACCAUCUGGAAAGAGUCAGCACCUUCCAGGAGUUUGUUCAGAUUUUCAGCCAGUUUGGAAACGAGAUGGUGGAAUUUGCCCAUCUGACUGGAGACAGGCAGAACGACCUAAAGGAUGAGAAGAAGAAAGCGCGGAUGGCUGCAGCUCGUGCUGUGUUGGAAAAAUGCACCAUGAUGCUCCUCACAGCCUCCAAGACCUGCCUUAGGCACCCGGAUUGUGAGUCGGCUCGAAUCAACAAAGACGCAGUUUUUCACCGCAUGCGCUGCGCCCUGGAGCAGGUCAUUGAGAUAGUCACUGAGGCCCGCAGCUGUGGGGACAGCAAGGUCCUGCCCGUCAGCAUUUACAAUGGGAUCAGAGAUUUCAAGUCGCGGGUGGAGUACUUAAGGGAGAACCUGUACUCGUGGUCUCCUCAGGACAUGGGCAGUCAGCUGGACAUACUGGUGGAGCGCACAGAGGACUUCACAGACUCCCCCUACACCAGCCACGAGCAGAGGCAGGCCAUCCUCGGCCUGUGCCAGCUGGCACGGCAGGAGGCCCAGCAGCUGCUGCAGUGCUGGAUCGAGGCGCAAUCUGCCCAUGCCAAACAGCCCCCAGAGGACAUGGAGGUAUCCAUUCUGAAGACCUGUCAGAGUGUCAGUGACCUCCGGCGUGAGCUCCAUAAGGCAGCAGUGAGUCGGGCCUCAGACCAGCUCAAGGUUCACGGGGAGCAGUUGUCUCUGAGGGCUCUCAAAGCUGCAGGAGCUGAAGGAAACCUGGAGGCAGUGACUGAGUACUCUUGCACUCUCACUGAACAGAAAGAGCAGCUAGUUGAAACUUGCCGAUUACUGUGCCAUGUGUCGGGGACAGAACCUCUGGAGAUAACCUGCAUACAUGCUGAGGAGACCUUCCAUGUGAUUGGUCCUCAGAUAAUUUCUGCUGCUCAGACGCUGGCCCUUCAUCCAUCCAGUAAAAUUGCAAAGGAGAACCUGGAGGUGUUCUGUGAGGCCUGGGAGUCUCAGCUCUGUGACAUGGCCUUACUUGUCAGGGAGAUCAAUGAUGUUUUUGAAGGCAAGCGAGGAGACAAAAGACCUUAUUUAUCACUUCCCAGGCCUGGGAAACAUUCAGCAAACCUUAAGACUUCCAAAUCUGUCAAGUUAGACGCAGAGGAGCAGACAAGUAUGGCUAAAUUGGGUCUGGAGCUGCGACUCCUGUCCUCAGACGUAGACACUGAAAUUGAAAAGUGGGACGAUCAGGAGCAUGAGAUUGUGCGACAAAGCCAGUGUCUGGCCAGCAUGGCAUACAACAUGUACCUCUUCACCAGAGGAGAGGGGCUUCUCAAAACAACAGCAGACUUUUUUCAUCAGGGAGAGGUACUUUCUGAAGAGGGUCUUCAGUUAUGCUCAUCUCUUCGCACCUUUGCUGUUCAGUUGGUUGAUGAGGAGAAGUCCACUGUGCUGACAGAGAUGGAGAAACUUGUGGCACAGUGCCAGCAGCUCCAAAUGGGGGGAAAGACUCCUGUACAGGGCAAGACUGCCACCUUCCAGAAGGUGGACACUUUCAUUCAAACAACCAAGGGCAUAUUGACUGUGGUCCUAUCAGUGCUACCAUACUGCAACAAGCUUCACAGAAAGUACAAGUCAGAGAGGAGCAGCCUGAGCUCUCCUCAAGACUGGAGGGAGAGACAGGACACAUCAACCCCUGUCAAAGAGGAGGGCACUCUCAAUGGCAAGAACAGCUCCAAUGGUUUCGGCAUCAAAUCACUAGAACAGCACAUGGCAAGCAUAAAUCUACUUGAGGGUAAAUAAACAAAGCAAAGCAGUCAGUCGUCAGUUAAGUAUUUAUGUGGAGGCAAAACAGAGCCUGUACCACAUGGGGACUAAUGAGGGGGCUUACCCCAUACUCUUAAAGAGGGAACAUAUGAGGAGGGGUAAAUAAUUCCUCAGCAUCCAUAUGAACUAUUUAAUUUCAAUCAAUUAAAUAUUUCAAAUCAUAUGAUACAUUCCACUGAGUCCAUUUCACUCCAAGAUGGAGACAAUCAAUCCACACAUUGCCUCUUCUGUCACCUCAGCUACUUGAAGAUGCUUGAGGCUUUAGCCAUACAUUCAUUUCACCAGGUGCCUCUGUGAGACAAGUCUGUGCUGUAUCUUUCUAGUGUUGCACAUAAAGUUGAAACAAAACAAGAAAUCUGUUACUUAAACACUACUUGCAUGUUAACAUAAGUACCAAACCCUUGUAACUGAGUCUCCUUUGGUUUGUGAGUCAUGCAUUUGUAAUGUUUACAUGUGUAAUAUCAGUGAUUGUGGAACAUUACAUUCUGUACAAAUGUUACUACAAAAAUCCAAUAAUGCCAUAGGAAGUUUCAUAUGCUGUGCAAUGAAACGUGCCAUGCUAGUGUCACAAUGCAAAAAAAUCCAAAGCCAAAUAUGUUUUGUUAAGCUUGCAUUCAGUGUAAACUACUGUUCUGUCUGAUUUAUGCUUAAACUGUAGGAUGCUUUUGGAAUUUUCUUGGUCAGUAAAGGAAAGAAUGGUGUGUGGAUCCCUGCAGAUUGCAGGACUGUUAUGAAGACUUCCAUGUUAAGCUGCCUACAUGUUGACAAUGUAUUUAAGAUGUAUGGUACAUGAAGCAAAGCUGGUGAUAAAGAGUGAAUCCUACAAAGGUACAAGCUAAUAAUUGAUGGGCAUUUAAUGAAAUCAUUUAAAUAUGAAUGCAGUAUAAAACUUUGCUAUAUUAUAUGAAAGUAGAGAUAAUGGUUACUGUAGAGAUGGGGAGAGAGAACUAGUUUUGAA